AUGGGUGUCAUUACUUGGUUUAGUAUUUUUGUUCCCAUAGUGUUGGUGGAUGAUGGCCUCUGGACAACUAUUGUAUGGAUAUUCAUUGACAAGACCAAUCCUACUAUCACCACCAUCAAUUCCGCACAAAAAUCCGCUUCCAAUUAUGCUUGUGAGCAAAGUGUCAUCAUCAUGCUUUCUUUCAUUAUAUUGUAUUGCACUGGCACAUUACAACACAUUGCAGGAAAAAAUAGAAUUCACCAAGGAAGUAUUCCAAGCUUUGCAGACCCCAAGAAGAUCAUUUCUACAGAUUAUGAACAAUGGAAACAGGAUACUGUUUCGAUCAAGAUCAAUUGUGCUGAUGAAGCUUUGGAGAUAACUUUGGUAGAAAGAAGCCCACCAGUGAGGUACACAACCUGUUAUGUUUUGGGAAGAUUUGUAACUCAGAGUCUGAUGUAA